UGCCCUCGUCGACGGACCCUGCCUCUCAUCUGACCGAGCUCUGAACCUGCUGACAUCGGCACCACACCUCACACGCUGUGAUCCCAGUCACCAGACCUAACAUCUCCUUUUCCCUUCUUCCCUUCUGUUUACAUCUAUAGGUAUUUCGGAGGAGUGGCCGCCAUAAACCUGAGAGAACCGCACUCAGUCAUACAAAGGCACGCGUGCCUCAGCACGUCGUUGCGCGCCUAGGCCGGUACCUAACACCAUAGCGGCAAGCACAUCUUCAACCUCACACGACGCCAUGACCGAACCCGUCAUCCACCGACCGCCAUCGACAAACUCCUCCGAACGCGGCAUCGAAGAAGAAGAUGCCCUCCUGACCGGCCAGCGAACCGGCAAAACCGACAGUCGAAGCACCACCAAACUCCUCGCACGCAACCGAUGGCGGGAGAUAGGACUCCUUAUCUGGGCCAUCAUCGCAACCGCUGCAGUCGUAGUCUUAGCAGUAAUCUGGCAACACACUACACAAACAGGCAAUGAUGGGCAACAGAAUGGAGGCAGCGGAGGCAAAGAUGGCGGCAAGGGGAAGAAGAACCUCAUCUUCAUGGUCUCUGACGGAAUGGGACCGACGUCUCUCGCCCUGACGCGAUCUUGGAGACAAUAUGUUGAAGACCUGCCUUGGGGCGAGACGCUGGGUAUCGAUCAACAUCUCAUCGGACAAAGUCGUACUCGCAGCUCAAGCUCGCUCGUCACGGAUUCUGCUGCUGGAGCGACGGCUUUCUCUUGUGGUGCGAAGAGUUACAAUGGAGCCAUUUCUGUCUUGCCGGAUUUUGAGCCUUGUGGUUCUGUUAUGGAGGCUGCGAAGCGCAUGGGAUACACUACGGGUUUGGUCGUUACAACGCGCAUCACGGAUGCCACCCCCGCGGUUUUUGCAAGCCACGUGAGGAGAAGGGAAAUGGAAGAUGAGAUUGCGCUGCAAAUGCUGGGAGAAACGCAUCCUCUAGGCAGAGUGGUGGAUUUGAUGAUGGGAGGAGGGAGAUGUCAUUUCCUGCCCAACACCACCGAAGGAGGGUGUCGUGCCGACGACGUGGACGCCUUGAAGGUCGCGAAGGACAACGGCUGGAAGUAUAUUGGGGACAGAAAGGACUUCGACGCACUGGAUAGUAACACUGCCGAACUUCCCCUAUUAGCCCUCUUUGCUCCAACCGACAUCCCAUACGAAAUUGAUCGCAGGCAGGAAAACGACGUGUACCCGAGCUUGGAGGAAACAACUCGCAAAGCACUCGAACUUCUUUCUGCCGCCUCGAAGCAUUCUGACAAGGGCUUCUUCGUCAUGAUCGAGGGCUCCAGGAUCGAUCACGCAGGCCACGGCAACGAUCCCGCUGCGCAGGUACACGAGGUUCUGGCAUACGACCACGCCAUGAAGGCCGUGUUGGAGUUCAUUGACAAGUCGGAUACUCCCACGCUGAUGGUCUCCACUUCGGAUCACGAGACGGGAGGUCUGGCUGCGGCCAGGCAAUUGCACGAAACGUAUCCGGAUUAUCUUUGGUACCCUGGUGUCCUAGCCAAUGCUUCACACUCUGCCAGUCACACUGCGAAGAACUGGUAUGAGUUCUUACAUCGUGGAACAACCAAACUCCACAAGAAAGAACUGCAAGAGAAUGAUUCUCACGAUGAAGACGAGCGUGAAUUCCUAGACUCCCUCUUCAAGAAGAAUCUCGGGAUCCACGACGCCUCCUCCGCCGAGAUAGAAUCUCUCCUAACGGCUUCCGCUCCGGCAUCUUACAUUUUCGCCGACAUGAUCUCUCGUCGCGCACAAACUGGCUGGUCGACACACGGCCAUUCUGGCGCGGAUGUAAAUAUUUACUCUUCGGACCCUGUUGCCGCGCGGGCCUUGGUUGGAAACCACGAGAAUACGGACGUGGGCAACUUCUUGAAGAGCUACUUGGGUGCCGGAGAGGAGGUGGAGAGGGUCACCAAAAUCUUGAAGAAGUUUGCUCAUGAAAGGCAGGGAAAACACGUCGAAUUUCUGGGCACUGUGCCGGAGGACGGCGAGAGGCUGGAUGGGCAGACGCAUCUAGAGGGCUACCAUGGAGAUCAUCGGACUAGAGCCGUGCGGAGGAGCUCCGAUGAUCGUGCAGCUGUUGGGAAAGACUGUGGCUGUGGUGGCGUUCAUGAGGGAAUUUAGAAAAAGAUGAAGCACACUAUCGGUGUUUUAGGUCAUGCACUUUGGGAUCUGCUUGGAGAGUCCGGGAGUCUUGGUGAUGCUUGAACACUACAUUUUUCUUGGAUUGGGACCUAGGAGCAUUUGAAGCAUCAAUUCCGGUGGGAAGUUCUGUCGACAGAAUGCAUAUCAUCGACAUACAUGUGAGUAUUAGCGCUGGCGUUUCGGAUUGGCACUAAGAUUGGAACAUAAUCAAUGUACACAUGCGACAUCGCAUCAUUAUGCCGCGUCCUAACAAUUUCAUAUCCUCGCUUUGAGAUCCUAUUCUAUGCAAACUUCUGCGCAAACCUCCCAGCCAAAUACCCCUUUGCAGCCUUCGUCGCCAUAUCCCUCUUACUAUGCUUUUUCUUCUUCUUCCCAUGUCCCUCAUCAUCACUACUAUCACUACUACUACUACUGCUACCAUCAUCCUGCUGAUGCUGCUGACUCCCAUGCGCAUACCCCGCCGCAGCACCCACAGCCGCAUAAUUCUGCUGCUGCUGCUGCUGCUGCUGCACCGGAGCACUAUAAUACUGCUGUUGUUGC